GCGCGGAUAGUAUACCCCGCGAAAAAAUAACAAGGGAAGGAAGAAAGAAAGAGAGCUAGGGCUGUUUCCCCGGCCAUGGCAGCUCCUGGCAGUCAUCCCUACCAUCAGCAGUGGGCCCCAUCCACCGGUCCUCCUCCCAUCACCGUCGAAAACCCUAACACCCACGCCAUUACUCCCAACCCCAACGUUGAAGAGGUCCGUACGAUCUUCAUCUCCGGUCUGCCGGCUGACGUUAAAGAGAGAGAGCUCCAGAACCUGCUGAGAUGGCUGCCGGGCUAUGAGGCUUCUCAGGUGAACUUCAAGGGCGAGCAGCCAAUGGGCUUUGCCCUCUUCUCCACGGCCCAUCUUGCACUCACCGCCAAAGCCGCCAUUCAGGACAUGGUUUUUGACGCAGAAUCCAAGUCUGUUCUUCAUGCAGAGAUGGCGAAGAAGAAUCUUUUUGUCAAAAGAGGUGUAGUAGCUGAUUCUACUUCCUUCGAUCAAAGUAAGCGCUUGCGAACUGGCGGUGACUAUACCCACGCAGGUUAUCCAAGUCCUGCACCUUUUCACCCCGCGGCUACACAUGUUUGGGGGCCCCAGGGGUAUGUAGCUCCACCGGCUGCAUAUGAUCCAUAUGGAGGGUAUUCAGUUCCUCAAGUAGCCUUGCCUGCUCCAGCUCCGCUGCCUGCACCUUGCAUUUAUGCUCCUGUUCAGAAAACAAAAGAUAAUCCUCCUUGCAAUACGCUCUUUAUUGGAAAUCUUGGAGAAAAUGUAAUCGAGGAAGAAGUGAGGGAGCUUUUUGAUGUGCAACCUGGUUACAAGCAACUGAAGAUUUUGCGGCAGGAAAGAAAUACAGUCUGCUUCAUUGAAUUUGAAGAUGUGAACAGUGCCAUGACUGUGCACCACAGUUUGCAGGGUGCUGUCAUCCCUAGUUCUGGACGUGGUGGCAUCCGAAUACAAUUUUCGAAGAACCCAUUCGGAAGAAGGAAGGAUGCAAGCAAUGACAUCAUUCAAGCAGCUGAGAAUAAUGAAGCUCCCACUUUUCAGUAUUCAGAAGGGGCGUAGUCUGCUCUUUAUGCUCUUAAUUAAGAGUAGAGAAUUAGUAUAGACCACAUGAUGGGCAUCAUGCAUUCCAUCUUUCUGCAUGAGUGCUCAUUAGCGUUUUUCCCCUCUUGAAUGCACAUGGUGAUCAUUAGUGCCAUUUUCCAUGAUUCAUUAGGGUGAUGUUAUCUGUUAUCAAAGACAUGGUCGUCAGGUCGCAUGGAUAAAGUGGUCCUUUAUGUUCUUUUUUUUUUUUAGGAAGAUGCAUGGCACAUUUCUUGUGUAUUCAUUUUUGCAAGUACCUUAUCUUGGUUUUGUUUUGCAUGGUGGUGUAUGGAUGAUAUCUUUGUACACAUCUUGUCCUUUCAUUUUCAUGUUGAAUCUGAUUCCAUGUCACUUGAGAUGA